ACUUAACCUCAACAAUAUCAAUUAGUUUUUCUCUCCUUCUCGAAAACGUGUUCAUUUUAUAUUUCUUUUGAGCUUCAAAUUAAUUCUCGUUUUCAAUUUAGCAAUUUUUUGCUAAUUUUUUUUUAAAUUUAUUGCUGUAUCUAUACACUAUUUCAUAAUGUCCGACGUUGAAGAUGCUGUAGAGGUUGGUGAACACGGAGAAAUGUACAACCUUUUGAAAGAAGUGUUAAAAAAUGCCCAAGUAAACGGCAGCCUUUUACACGGAAUACAUGAGGGUACCAAAGCUCUGGAGAAGAAACUUGGAGUACUUUGCGUCUUGGCCAACAACUGCGAGGAAGCCAUGUAUAAGAAAUUAGUGACUGGAUUGUGUGCUGAGAACAGUACCCCUCUGAUUGAGGUAGACAGCAACAAGACUUUAGGGGAAUGGAGCGGUCUGUGUAAGUACGACAACAAUGGUCAAGCCAGGAAAGUGGUAGGAUGUUCAUGCGUGGUUGUCAAACAUUUUGGAGAUGACACACAAGAAUUGGACACUUUGUUAGAGAUUUUGAAGAAAAAGAAUUUUGCGUAGAUCAAUAAAACCAAAUCUUUUUAAUUUAAAUGUUAAACUUGUGUUCUUCUUUUCAUUUGAUAAUCACAAUUGAGAAUAUCAAUAUGACACUGAUUGCUAUACAUCAUUUAUACAUGAUUAUACAUUAAUGUUAAUCAAA